AUGUCAUUGAAUGUAAUCCUUGUAUCUACUGUGGUUGAUAACAUGUAUAAAAUGAAAGCCAUGAUAGACAGCAACAUUUGUACCUGUUACAUGGUGAAGCUGACCAUAGAUGUGAGAGGAUAUCAAUGUGAAGAUGUCUACACAUAUGAAGUUGAUAAUCUUGAUUACAAUCUUAU